AGAAAGAAGAGGCAGCCAAAGGAAGUGCCCAAGGAUCUGGUGUUCAGCUUCCCAGGGGAUAUCCCGGCCAAAGACUUUGCCGACCAUGUCAGGGAGAAUGAAAAGGACAGCAACUGUGGAUUUGCUGAGGAGUACCAGCAAUUGGCCCUGGAGGGUCAAGGCCAGUCUCAAAUGGCUGCAUCGGCUCUAGAGAACGUAUCCAAGAACCGCUACAGGAAUGUACUGCCCUACGACUGGUCCCGGGUUCCCCUUCAGCCCCUCCCCGAGGAACCAGGCUCCGACUAUAUCAACGCCAGCUUUAUGCCGGGUCUCUGGAGCCCCAAGGAGUUCAUUGCAACCCAGGGUCCCCUGCCUCACACUGUGAGCGAUUUCUGGCGAAUGGUGUGGGAACAACAGAGCCACACCCUGGUGAUGCUGACCAACUGCAUGGAGUCUGGACGGGUGAAGUGUGAGCAUUACUGGCCCCUGGAUGCUCAGCCCUGCACUCACGGGCAGCUGCAGGUGACACUGAUUAGUGAGGAGGUGACAGAAAACUGGACAGUGAGACAUCUUCAGCUCUUCCAUAUGAAAGAACAGCAGAUUUUCUCUGUGCGCCAAUUCCACUACCUGGCCUGGCCAGAUCACGGAGUUCCUUACUCCCCAGACCCCUUGCUGGCUUUCCAAAAGGUGCUUCGGCAAUGGUUGGAUCAGACCAUAGACGGAGGUCCACCCAUUGUGCAUUGCAGUGCUGGCGUGGGCCGGACGGGCACCCUCAUUGCACUGGAUGUCCUGCUGCGGCAGCUGGAGUGUGAGGGGCUCGUAGGUCCCUUCAGCUUUGUGAAGAAGAUGAGAGAAAGCCGGCCACUGAUGGUGCAGACGGAGGCCCAGUAUGUGUUUCUCCAUCAGUGCAUCUUGAGAUCCCUCCAGAAGUCAGCUCAAGCCCUCGCCCCAAAGGAGGAGAUAUAUGAGAACGUGGCAAGCUUAGUGUACGAGAAUGCAUCUGCCAUCAGGGCCCAUGAGUCUGAGGUCUCAGCUUCUGGGUGCUGAGCCCAGACACAAAAAUACUCAGGCCAGAUCUGGACCUGUCCUGGAGCCCAGAUACCUGGACCUCCAAGAGAACUGAGGAUUGGAGUCCCAGCCUCCCCAACCCCAUGGGAGGAAGUCACUGGAAACCCAUCUCCUGUUGUCCAAGGGCAGGAAGGGGCUGAUGUACUUCAGCUUGUGGGCCUGUGAGCACUGGAGCCUGAGGGCAGGGGUGACAGGUAGGUUUCCUGUUCUUUGA